AUGGCGAUCAUAACUGAGGAACCGGUAGAAUCUCCAAAGCCACAGCUCCGCAAAUCGAAAGCCAAGCCUAAGCCCAAGCCCGAGCCCGAGCCAGAGCCCGCACCUUCCGCCCCGUCUCCCCCUAAAUCCACCGCCUCCGCGGCCGCCGCCGGAAACCCAUUUCAGUUCUGCCAUGUCCUCAUCGUGCACGGUCUAGGCUGCAGCUCUUUUGCUUUCCGGGACGUCGUCGGCUCCUUAGGCCGCAGGAACGUGCACGCCAUCGCGAUUGAUCUUCCCGGCUCAGGAUUUUCCGAUAAAUCCAUUGUUGUAAGCGAGGAGUAUAAUCCCGGCGGGGCCGGAUUGUGGGAAGUGUACGAAGAGAUCAAGGAGAAGGGUUUGUUCUGGGGGUUUGAUCAGCUUGUCGAGCAAGGCUAUGUCGACUUUGAGGAAAACGAUAAAGAUAGGGCUUCGAAGGUAAGGAAAAGGGACGUUGUUAAGUCCAUUGAGUUGGGCAGUGAGGAAAUGGGGAGGGUUCUUGGGCAGGUGGUGGACUCGAUGGGGUUAACUCCGGUGGACUUGGUCCUUCACGAUUCGGCUCUGGCUCUGACAGCCAGCUGGAUUGCCGAAAAUCGGGCUUCAAUCAGAAGCUUGACGAUUCUUGAUGGUGGGUCGGGUGGGCCCGCAUUUCCACUCUUGCUACUCGAGCUGCCUCUUGUUAGGGAGCUCGUGUUGGGCUCUUCGUUUGUGUUUGAAAAAAUUGUUGCUAGCUGUUGUAUGGGAUCGGCUGAUGGUGGUGGGGCCCGGGUUGAGGUUGAUGCUCAUAGGGUGCUGUUGAAGGGUAGGGAUGGAAGAAAAUCAGUUGUUGGGAUGGGGAAGAAGUUGAAUCUAAGUUUUGAUUUGUCCGAAUGGGGUAAUCUAGACGAGGUGAAACUCAUUCCUAUCCGAGUUAUAUGGUCUGAUAAAUGGGUUGAUGAGGGUCGAAUAGUUGCCGAUGCCCUUCCUUUUGCUACACUUGUCACGCAUUCCGGCGGGCGAUGGACUCAGGAGCAAAAUGCCGAGGAGGUAGCUGACAAGAUUUACGAGUUCGUUUCUUCAUUACCGAAAGUUACUAAACAAGUUUUGGAAAAACCUAUGCAAAAGAAUCUCGACGAGACAUUUGGUGAAGAUAUAAGUAGUGGUCACCAUCAUCAUCAUCAUCAUGCUCAUGCUGGAUACAUGGAUGCAUAUGGCAUGGGCCAAGGUUAUCCCGCGUGA